UGAAAUGUGAUACCAUUGGUUUUCAGUAAAGGUUCCUUUCUGCAGGGCUGCAAACCCAGCUAGCUCAGCUGCUACCCUGUACACACAGCCCGGGAGACGAGCAAGCAGCACCUUCCCAGCAGCCUUUUGAACCCGAGACUCUCCUCGAUCCUUUCUCCACGCAGGAAGUUUUCCUUCUCUGUUGUCAGAUUUAGCACCAGGCUCCUGGCAUCAGAUCCGAGCAGGCUCCCUGCUGCACAGUAGAGAGGCUUGCUUAAGACAUUUGUCCUUGAAACUGCACCAAACUCUUGGAAGAGCCCAGAACGUCUAUUUGCUGGUUCAUCAAUGAAACGACCUCAAAUGAUGAAGAUGUGAGGAAAGCAUCCUCCGCUAACACUGUUGCAGUUUGAAAGGAUGCUGACUUUGUAAUUAUGGAGUGAAUUGGCUUCUCUGCAGAAUGUCAAACAAAGAUCGACACAUUGAUUCCAGCUGUUCGUCCUUCAUCAAGACGGAACCCUCCAGCCCAGCCUCCCUGACGGACAGCGUCAACCACCACAGCCCUGGUGGUUCUUCCGACGCCAGUGGGAGUUAUAGUUCAACCAUGAAUGGCCAUCAGAACGGACUGGACUCGCCACCUCUCUACCCCUCUGCUCCUAUCCUGGGAGGUAGCGGGCCUGUCCGGAAACUGUAUGAUGACUGCUCCAGCACCAUCGUAGAGGAUCCCCAGACCAAGUGUGAAUAUAUGCUCAACUCCAUGCCCAAGAGACUGUGCUUAGUGUGUGGCGACAUUGCCUCUGGGUACCACUAUGGGGUUGCAUCAUGUGAAGCCUGCAAGGCAUUCUUCAAGAGGACAAUUCAAGGUAACAUAGAAUACAGCUGCCCGGCCACGAACGAGUGUGAGAUCACAAAACGCAGACGCAAAUCCUGCCAGGCCUGCCGCUUCAUGAAGUGUCUCAAAGUGGGCAUGCUGAAGGAAGGGGUACGUCUUGACAGAGUACGUGGGGGUCGACAGAAGUACAAGCGCAGAAUAGAUGCUGAGAACAGUCCAUACCUGAACCCCCAGCUGGUGCAGCCAGCCAAAAAGCCAUAUAACAAGAUCGUCUCGCAUUUGUUGGUGGCUGAACCAGAGAAGAUCUAUGCCAUGCCUGACCCCACCGUCCCCGACAGUGACAUCAAAGCCCUCACGACACUCUGUGACUUGGCUGACCGAGAGUUGGUGGUUAUCAUUGGAUGGGCAAAACAUAUUCCAGGCUUCUCCACACUGUCCCUGGCAGAUCAGAUGAGCCUUCUGCAGAGCGCAUGGAUGGAAAUCUUGAUCCUCGGUGUUGUGUACAGAUCACUUUCGUUUGAGGACGAACUUGUCUACGCAGACGACUAUAUAAUGGAUGAAGACCAGUCCAAAUUAGCAGGCCUUCUUGACCUAAAUAAUGCUAUCCUGCAGCUGGUGAAGAAAUACAAGAGCAUGAAGCUGGAGAAAGAAGAAUUCGUCACCCUCAAAGCGAUAGCUCUUGCUAAUUCAGAUUCCAUGCACAUAGAAGAUGUGGAGGCUGUUCAGAAACUUCAGGAUGUGUUACAUGAGGCCCUGCAGGAUUACGAAGCCGGCCAGCACAUGGAAGACCCUCGCCGUGCAGGCAAGAUGCUGAUGACGCUGCCCCUUCUGAGGCAGACCUCCACCAAGGCCGUCCAGCACUUCUACAAUAUCAAACUAGAAGGCAAAGUCCCCAUGCACAAACUCUUUUUGGAAAUGCUAGAGGCCAAGGUCUGACUAAAAGCCCCCUGGGCCCUCCCGUCCUGCACGUUGAGAAGGGAAGAUAAACCCAAGAGUGAUGUGGAAGAAUCUUAGAGUUUAGUGAACAACAUUACAAAUCAACAGACUGCACUGAUAUUUUAGCAGCAGCAGUACCACGCAGCCUGCGGAUUCCACUAACCCUUCCCCAUAGGUUCCCUCUACUUUAGUCCGCUGUUCCUCUUGUCAUGACUCCGU